UAACCCAGGAAUUCAGGAGUGGUCUUUUAGACUGAACUAAGGACAUGUGUAUAUAAAGAUAAAAAUUGUAGUUGUUUAUCGCCACAAAACCACAUUGGUGGCGAAAGACUGUGACCUCCGAGUGAACCUCCCCAACAGGAAAUAAACUGAGGAUCAGAUCGAGGAGCGGAGCUCAGGCGGAGACGACACAUAUCGACUCUAGCUGUUUGUAGCUCACCAAAACCAGCUCAUUUGAAGAAUAUAGUCGAUGUUUUAAUAUCGAGCCGCUGAAAAACGGAAGCAUCACGUCGGCAAAUGAUGCACAAGAUGUCCGGUCAGCUUGACAGCUUGAAGCCCAGAAAGAGGAAGAGCAACUCCAGAAAGGCUUCUACUACAAGGAGGAAAUGUAAGAAAAGUCCAAAGACACAGCCAGCAGUAGAGAGCAGUUCAGUCGUCAGUGGUUACAGUAAAGCAAAUGGUGCUCUGGAGAGACUUUCUCGCAUCAGCUGUGAAUGCCACCAGUCUGCAGGCAGGAGGAGAUGCUCAGCGUCACCUGAGCUCGAAGGACAGGAAGGCAAAGAAAACGAACUGAGGAUGGGGCUGGAUUUGGACAGCUGCAAAAUGAACAGCGACUGGGACAAACAGGAGUCAGAGGACAUGGACUGUGAUGAAACCAGCAAAGUCAUGUUCCCAGAUGACGACAGUAAUCAGAUACUUCCUGUGGAACAGUUCUUCGGAAACUUGGAUACUUUACAGGACUUUCCUCAGAGGUCAUCAGGGAGUUCUUCCCGCGUUCAGAGGAAGAACGGCAGACGACAUUACUACGCACCAGAGGACAGCGAUGAGGAGGCGGGCCUCAGCAGUAUGGAGCGAGACGACACUUAGCGAAGAGAAACUGCUCCAAUGACUGUGGUGGACUCAAAGUCACGCCUGCAGAAGGACAUAUAUAACGCUCAGCACUUACGAGAAAGCAGCCACAUAAAUUAUUCAGAGGCUGCGUUGAAUCAGUCCCUAAAUCAUAACGCUGUCACAAAUCUACCAUGUGUGAUGAUGCUCAUUCACUGGUGAUGAAUUUGCCCACUGCCAUGUGAUGUGUGUUUGUAAGGAAGGCUUGAACUUGCUGUGGAUGAAUGUGAUGUUCGGCUUCUAUCAUUUACCAGCCAGCAUUGCAUGUGUUUGCUCCUUGCUUCCAGUAUUUCGCCAAGUGAUUUGUCACAAUUUUUAAAAACUUGUUCAAGCUUACUACUGGCAUUUUUAACGGUUUGAAAGCAAGUUCUCGGUGGUAAACUUGUAAAUUUUGAAUUUUUAACUUGACGAGGACCGUCCAAAUGCACAAAAAUGCCAAAUUGUUUUAUUUCAACUGAUUUUUAACCUACCUACAGUAAUUGUAUUAAUAUAGCCACUUGUGGGAAACGUAUAGUGCCUGUUUUAUUAUACAGUCAUGAAAAAAAAAUGAUUAGACCACGCUUGUUUCCUCCAAUUUCUUAUUCAUUUUAAUGCCUGGUACAACUAAAGGUACAUUUGUUUUCUUCACAAAAACCAUGGAAAAUGGCUAGAUAUCAGCUCUUAAAUUCAACUCUUAUGAGCUAUUUUUGUUGUUAUCAUUAUAUUUGUCCAAACAGAUGUACCUUUAGUUGUACCAGGCAUUAACAAGAAAUUGAAGACUUGUAUCUUGCUGAAUUACUGCACACGCCACUCUUGGUUCAAUCAACUUUGUUUUUACUUGGAUGGUGUGUUGGCACAGCACUUUAUUAAGACAGAUCCGUCCAUAUAAUAUACUGCUUCAUGAUUUUGCAGUUUGAGAUUAGACAUGAGAGAUGCCAAAAUAUUACAGGACGAAAAUAACACUUAGAAAAGCUUAUUUUUACUUACAAAGUACAAAUUAUAUAAUGCUAAAAGCAAAAGUAUUGAUAAACAGCAUAAUAAGAUUUCAUGUUGUGGUUUCAGACUGUAUAAAUGUGCCAAAGAGCAGUUACACAAUGAAAAGCUUUUAUAUCACAAGUUCAGUGUCAAACAUGAAUGCCAUUUUUCACAAAGUGUCUAAUAUUCCUCAUCAACACAUCUGUGUGCCCUGUUUGGGCUUUUACGGCAGCUGUUUAACAUACAACACAUCUGUAAUAUAACAUAUACGCACAUAUAUAUCAUUGCAGCUAAUAAUUUACCCUGAUGAAAUUACUGUUAGGUUCACAUUUGUAAAAAUGACAAAUUUCUAUAUGAAAAAAAUGUAUUAUAUAAAAACAUGGAUUUUAAAGUUUAUGAUAACAAUCUUCGGUGUGUAAGUAAACUGAGAAUAACUUAAACCUGAUUUUAAAAAUAUAAUUUAAUCAUCUAACUUUGAGGUCAACAGUAAUUGCACUAGUGCAAUUCACUCCUAUGCAACUUUAUGACUGAGUGAAUGCCGCAUUGUAACCUAUUCAUGCAUUUUACAUUACCGUGCCAACAGGGAGAAAAAUAAAUGUUUUUCAUGAUUUCAA